CUUCGCUCGAUGUCAGUUCUCAACGUCUAAACGAUGCACUCAACAAGGCCUUGCCUCUUCUCUCCCUGUCCCACUCCGCUCCUACCCAUCCGCUUCUCCUCUGCCAGCUCCUCCUCCUUCUCCGCCAUCAAGCCGCACCGCAUCGCCGCCUUCCGCCCUCUCUCCUCCCUCAAGGAGUCCAAGAACAAGAAGGCCACCCUCCGCAAGGCCAGUGACGUGCCCCAGAACCUUAGUUUAGAAAACGGAAAGGGAAGGGGCGACGGGAAACUCACAGAGGACGGCGAGGGGGACCUCGGCGGGGACGCCGCUCUGAAGGGGACGGUCCUCGCUGGAUUUCUUUUGGUCGGAGUCGUCGGAGGGUGCGGGACUGCUGGAUAUGUGUACAAGGAUCAGAUUAAUGCUUUUCUUGCCCAAUUCUCCGGUUUCAUCGACGGUUAUGGGCCUGCCGGAUAUGCUUUAUUUGUACUUGUUUAUGCUGGACUUGAGAUUUUGGCAAUUCCAGCAAUUCCCUUAACAAUGUCAGCGGGUCUUCUGUUUGGUAGUCUGAUUGGUACCAUCAUCGUCUCCAUCAGUGGGACAGUUGCUGCUGCUGUAGCUUUUCUUAUUGCUAGGUAUUUUGCACGUGAACGGAUUCUCAAAUUGGUUGAAGGAAAUAAGAAAUUUUUAGCAAUUGAUAAGGCAAUUGGAGAAAAUGGCUUUAGAGUUGUUACACUCCUUCGUUUGAGUCCUUUGCUCCCAUUUUCUCUGGGGAACUAUCUAUAUGGUUUGACAUCAGUGAAGUUUGUUCCUUAUGUGCUAGGAAGUUGGUUGGGAAUGCUUCCGGGGACAUGGGCUUAUGUUAGUGCAGGUGCAUUUGGGCGAGCUAUAAUUCAAGGGGAGUACUCACGGAUGGGGUUACCAGGGUGGGAUGGUCAAUUAGUGACUUUUGGCUUAGGGCUACUUUUUACAGCCCUUGCUGCAUCUUAUGUGACUCGCCUUGCAAAGGAUGCAGUAAAAGACAUCAGAUAGGAUAGGACAUUUGUGGGGCACAAAGUCUUGAUAAAUAGCGCCUCUCUUGAUAUAAAACUGAUGUAUGCUCUUAGCAUCUGUGGAUACUGAUCUUUCAGACACAUCUAAUACAAUACAAAAAUGGCUAGAUUUGCCUUCAUCGUUUC